AUGCUGUACUGCUCAGUUUACUUUUAACACUGUGCUGUUUUGCUUUCAAAAUAUUUCUUUUUUAGUAAUUUUUUUAUCCAAUUGAUGAUGGAGAUUGCAGCAUAAUGUUAAACAGGAAGCAAAUAAGAAGAACAAUUGUGAUUUGUAAGAAGGGGUUAAUGUGUUUUCCUUGUCUGCAAAAUCUCAAAUCGUUUAAAGAAGAAAGCAAAUCAAUUGCAAGCUGUAUCUCUUAAAGUGCAUUCUAAAUUCUUCUCCUUUGCCGGUUACAUUCCGCAAAAUUUUACCUUUUAUUAAGCUAAACAAACACCUGACGACCUCCCAUAUUUAUAAUUUCUUAUUUUCUUUAGUUUUCAACAUUGUCUUCCAGGUGGGUUCUUGAAAAUGCAUGUGAAAAAUGUUUAAAAUCUGCGAGAGAUGCAUUUUUUUUUUGUUAGUUUUUGUUCUUUAAUAAUGUGGUUGUGAUUGUGAUUGUAUGAAUGGUGGGCUGUGUGUUGAAGAAAAGUACGAAUGUCGAUGUCGAAAGAAGGGCACAGGAGAACAAGUCCUCGAGUAUCUGGCUUGAAUGCGUGCAAGGUUGAGCCAAUGAAGCGCGUGAAAGUUGGAGUUGGAGUAAGAGUUGCUCCUGGCACAAAUGCUCGCAUAAAUGGACCAGCCUCUCGCACAAGAGCUAGGAAAAAGAGAAAACUCAGACCCCUUCAAGAUGUGGCUGCUACUUGUGUUUCACCCAUUGCUCAGCCGUCUGAAGAUCCUGAAUCAAAUGGAGUGGAUAAGGAUAAAAAGCGAGAUCAUAAACAUCAGCCAAGUAAUAUUGAUGAACCACUUCUGCUGUGUGAUAAAGGCAAUCAAGCUACUUACCCCGAUCAACCAGCAAGUGGACCAUCUGCCCCAUGGAUGCCAGAAAAACACAUACUAGAGCUUAUCCUUGACAUACUACAAAGGAGAGACACCCAUGAAAUAUUUGCCGAACCAGUUGACCCUGAAGAGGUGGAUGAUUAUUAUGAAAUCAUCAAAGAACCUAUGGAUUUUGGCACCAUGAGGGCUAAACUUCAUGAAGGAAUGUAUACAAGUCUUGAACAAUUCGAGCAUGAUGUGUUUCUGAUAUCUGGGAAUGCUAUGCAUUUUAAUUCCUCAACCACAAUUUAUUUCAGACAGGCUCGUGCUAUAUAUGAACUAAGUAAAAAAGUUUUUCAUGCUCUCAAAACCAACCCAAAGAAUUUUGAAUCAGAGUUCUCAGAGACGAGACGAAGAACUGUUAGAAGGCUGCAAAGUGAAGCUAGGAGUCCAAUUUAUGGCUUAAGUACAAAGCAUACGACAAAUUUGAGAUCCAAUAGCACAGCUGUCAACGAUUCAUUAAAAGUUGUUUCUAAUACAUUGAGUGGUUCAUCAAAUCUCAAGAGAAGUCGUCGAGGAAACCUGUGGUGCUCUAGAGCUGCAACUCCUUUUUCUGAAAGAGAUCCUGAAGUGCUUCCUGAUCGGCGUUCUACAUAUAAUCCCUUUAUACCCUUCCUGAAUGAGAAUGAUUCAGUUAUGUCAACAAUACAUGAUAAUUCAAAGGCUCUAAAGCAAGUGAGUCAGCAGGAUAUUGGUUAUAAAGAAAGCUUAAUGCUGUUUAUUAGAGAUUUAGGACCAACAGCCCAAAUGAUUGCCAAACGGAAGUUACAUGGAUUAUCAACUGCCAAUUUUCAGAUUUCAGAUUCAAACCCUUGGUUCCAGACUCCAAAAUGUCAAGAUCCUCCUGCAGUCAUCUUGGCCCAACAGAGACCUCCUCCUUUGGACACUACCUUCAAUUCUUCGAUGUCUCAAAACAUAUCUUACCACCAUCAAGGACAUCGGAAUUUUCCUGGAAACAGCAGUGACAGGUUCCCCCUCUGUGAUAUUGGUAAAGGAGGGAAAGUUUGUACUGGUGACAAAUGGGGUACACAUUUCCCUUCUGUAGAGGUGGAACCCAAGACUGACGGGAGGAAAGUUCCCAGUGCCUUUGGAGGGAUUAUGUGCACCAGCAGUGCAGUAAAUGUUGUAGGUGUUUUAGGGAGUGAUAAGGCUCAUAAGGGUGAAAGUACCGGGAUUAAGUUGAGCUUAAAUUCCUCCAUGGCUGCUGCUAGAGAUUCAAAUUUCUCAGUUUCUGGGUUAAAAGACACAGGUGACAAGUCAACAUCAAUAUCAGACAAGAACAAAUUGGCUAACCAAGCACAGUCAUCAGACUCGGCUAUGGAGUAUUCUCCAUUAGAUAUGUUUAGAUUCAACCUGGUAAAUAAUUCUGGUUCAGCAUCACUGUUGGGGCCUCGACAGAGCACAAGUAUGUCAAUUUCUUGUCAAACAAAGACAUCCCUAACCAAUCUAGGUUCCCAAUGUUUGAGAGAUGAUGGAGCAAUUGCUGCACAAGGCCAAGACCUCGACGAAAUGGAUUCACAAGAGACUAGCCAAUCCAUUAAAUCGAGCCAACCUUUGCCACUUGUUUCCCAGUUCACUUUUGAUCUACCAUAUUUGAAAACCAGAUUGGAUCAGAUAAAUACCUCCUCAAGGCAAGACAGAUUGUUGCACCAGCAAUGCUCAGGCACAGGGGGGUCCAUUAUGGAAAAAAUGAGUUAUCAGAGAGUUGAUAAUCAUCACCAUUCCUCAUUGGAUCCUAAGCACACUGAUCUGGUUCUUCAGCUGUAAGAUAUUUACAUAAAAUCAAAAUCUUUAAAGAAAAAAGAUAGCUUUUGACAUAUUCACUCCUGUGGUUGGAUCUUCUGUAUUAUUUUAACCAUGUGUGGAUAAAAGAGAAAGGUGACAGGUCCCAUUUCCCAUAA